ACAGAAGGUAUAACUAGGUUCAAUGAUGAAUCUUUCUCUGAAAUAAAAAGUGAAAAUAAUACACUAUGUUUAAGAAAAAAAAAAUAAAAGAUUAUAGGACAAAAAAGAAGCAGUUACCCGAAUCUAAAAUAAUUGCAGAAUUACAAUCAAGAUAUAAUAGUAUUGAUGAAACUAAAAUAACAAAAUUUAAGGAACUUCCACUGUCACAAAAAACCUUAAAAGGUUUGACAGAAAAUAAUUACAUUGAAAUGACUGAUAUUCAGAGACAGAGCAUUGGACUUGCAUUACGUGGAAGUGAUAUUUUAGGAGCAGCCAAAACUGGCAGUGGAAAAACCUUAGCAUUUCUUAUUCCAGUUAUAGAAAUUUUGUAUUGUAAACAAUGGACAAGAUUAGAUGGACUUGGUGCACUCAUUAUUACACCAACUAGAGAACUUGCUUAUCAAAUAUAUGAAACAUUACGAAAAAUUGGUCAAUACCAUGAUGUUUCUGCUGGUCUUAUUAUUGGUGGAAAGGAUUUAAAAUUUGAGAAGAAACGUAUGGAUCAAUGUAACAUUAUUAUCUGUACUCCAGGUCGUUUAUUACAACAUAUGGAUGAAAAUCCAUUAUUUGAUUGUAUAAACAUGCAGGUACUAGUAUUAGAUGAGGCUGACCGAUGCUUAGAUAUGGGUUUUGAACAAACAAUGAAUUCCAUCAUUGACAAUUUACCUGCAAAGAGACAAACUCUUUUAUUUUCUGCAACACAGACAAAAUCGGUAAAAGACUUAGCCAGAUUGAGUUUGAAAGAUCCCAUGUAUGUGUCUGUACAUGAACAUGCCACGCAUACUACUCCUGAAGCUCUUCAACAAAGUUAUGUUAUUUGUGCUUUAGAAGACAAAGUAUCAAUGAUAUGGUCAUUCAUAAAAAAUCACUUAAAACAAAAGAUUAUUGUUUUCUUCUCUAGUUGUAAACAGGUAAAAUAUAUAUAUGAAGUCCUUUGCCGAUUGAGACCCGGUAUAAGUUUAUUAGCUCUUUAUGGUACUUUACAUCAACUUAGAAGAAUGGAAAUAUAUGAAACUUUUUGUAAAAAGCAGUUUGCAGUUUUAUUUGCUACUGAUAUUGCUGCCCGAGGGUUAGAUUUUCCUGCUGUAAAUUGGGUGGUACAGAUGGACUGUCCCGAAGAUGUGAAUGCUUAUAUACAUCGUGCGGGUAGAACAGCUAGAUUUCAAAGUGGUGGUGAAUCAUUAUUAGUGUUACUUCCUUCUGAAGAAAAAAUGGUUGAGAAACUUAAAGAGCGGAAAAUUCCAAUAUCCAUGAUAAGAAUUAAUCCAAAUAAAUUACAAUCACCACAACGUAAAAUAGAGGCAUUAUUAGCACGAGAUGUAACAUUGAAAGAAAGUGCUCAGAGAUCAUUUAUAGCUUAUGUAAGAUCAGUAUUUUUAAUGAAGGAUAAGCAAGUUUUUAAUGUUCGCGCAUUAAAUACUGAUUUGUUUGCAAGAUCUUUAGGUCUAGCUAUACCUCCACGAAUUCGAUUUCUUCAAAGAAUGGAACAAAAACAACAAUUAUCUAUUAAAAAUGCUAUAAACGAUCAAAUUAUCAGAAAUCAUAAAUUAGGUAAUAAUACAAAAGAAGUAGAUUCUAAUUAUUCUGACAAUGACCACGAGGAACAUGAACAAAAAGAAACGUCACGUUUGAUGAAUGCAAGUGAUUUUGCAUUUGCCGAUAGUGAUGAUGAUGAUAUACUUACUGUAAAAAGAAAAAAUAUAAACAUUGAUGACAUACCGAAUAUUGUCAAUGAUGAUGAAGAUGAAAAUUCGAAUAAAAAGAAAGUUGUUACAAAAGCAGCAGUCGCUAAAAAAAUUCUUAGGAAGAAAAUAAUACCUAAUAAGAAAAUUACUUUUGACGAGGAAGGAAAGGAGUUAUUAGAUUCUGCUAAAAUGAAGAUAUCAGAAUUAGCUAAACAGUAUGAAAAUGAAGUAGAUUCUGGUAUCAACAUAGAAAUUGCUAAACAGAUAUUACGUGAAGAAGAUCGAUUCGAUAAACAACGUUUCAAAGAGAAAGUAAAAGAAAAGCAUAGGGAAGAGAAACGAAAGUUAAAAGCUAGCAAAAAGAAAGUAGAAAAUAAUAGUAACGACGAGGAUGAAAUGGAGGAAAAUGCCGAUGAUGAUAAUGCUAGUGACAGCGAGUAUAGUGCACCUGAUUUAUCGUGGUUACCAGACCCAGAUAAAAUUUAUGGUAAACAGAAGUCUGACGAAAAAAGUUCCGAUACUGCAGAAUCAGUGGAGAAUGAAGAGGAAAGUAAGAUACACAGGCUUCCUAAAAGGAAACUUAUGACACAGAAGGAAUAUAAAAAGAAAAAGCAAAAAUUAUCUCUCAAGAUAGAAAACACAAAUUUAAAAACAGAUGAGGAAUUAGUACUACAACUUUUACAAAACUGAAUCAGUUUUUAUAGAA